AGGUAGUGCAGGCGGCGGCCGGCUGAUGACACCACCACAACACUCCUUUACGGACCUCUACUUCAGCGUGUACCUCCCUUCUCCUCCUGUACCUCCAUCUACUGAGGUACUGCACGCUACAUUUCGAGGUACCGCACGCUAUCAACCCACCCACUCCCUGAGCACAAUGACCGAGCGCUUAGAAUCGGUGCCAGAAGUGGACAAAAUCUCCUUUUCUGGUGAGGAGGAAAAGAUUAUAGAGUUGUGGAAGAAAAUUGACGCUUUUCAUUCAUGUCUCAAACAGAGCAAGGAUCGACCAAGAUUCACAUUUUAUGAUGGACCACCAUUUGCCACUGGUCUUCCUCACUAUGGUCACAUCUUAGCCGGAACCAUAAAAGAUGUGGUAACUCGAUGGGCUCACCAGACUGGCUUUCAUGUAGAACGUCGCUUUGGCUGGGACACCCAUGGUCUGCCAGUGGAAUAUGAAAUUGACAAAACUCAUGGAAUAAAUGGUCCGGAAGAUGUUGAGAAGAUGGGGAUUAAAAAGUAUAACGAGCUGUGUCGUGGCAUUGUCAUGAGAUACGCCAGUGACUGGGAAAACAUAAUCUCUCGUUUAGGACGGUGGAUUGAUUUCAAGAAUGACUACAAGACACUGUAUCCUACAUUUAUGGAAACUAUUUGGUGGGUGUUCUCUGAGCUGUAUCAAAAGGGUCUGGUGUACCGGGGCUUCAAGGUGAUGCCUUUCUCCACGGCGUGUUCUACUCCCUUGUCAAACUUUGAGGCCGGACAGAAUUACAAGGACAUUCAGGACCCAUCAGUUGUGGUGAACUUCCCUCUGCUGGAUGACCCUGAAGUUAAACUGGUGGCUUGGACCACCACCCCUUGGACUCUUCCCUCAAAUUUGGCCUUGUGUGUCAACCCAGAGAUGGACUAUGUCAAAGUCCAAGGCAAGACAAAAGAGAGAAAUGGCAUCUACAUCAUGAUGGAGGCUCGCCUCUGUCAGCUCUUCAAGAAUGAGACCGAGUAUGAUGUUAUAACCAAGUACAAGGGAAAGGAGCUUGAGGGAAUCCAUUACCAACCUUUGUUUGAUUACUUCAAAGAGAAAAAAGCAGAUGGAGCAUUCAAGGUCCUUUGUGAUGGAUAUGUUACAAGUGAAUCAGGCACUGGAGUGGUUCACCAGGCACCCUACUUUGGUGAAGAUGAUUUCAGAGUGUGUUUGGGUUACGGUAUUAUCAAACGUGAUGAAAAACCAGUGUGCCCUGUUGAUGAUGUUGGUCGCUUUGUCCUCCCUGUGGUUGACUUUAGUGGCAUUCAUGUCAAAGAAGCCGAUCCGGAAAUCAUUAAGCUUUUGAGAUCACGGGGAAGGUUGGUUCAAGCAGAUCGUAUCAACCACAGUUACCCGUUCUGUUGGAGGUCCGACACUCCUCUGAUCUAUCGAGCUGUCCCAUCGUGGUUCAUCAGGGUAGAACAUAUGCAAGACAAACUUUUAGCUUCUAAUGAGAAAACCUACUGGGUACCCAGCUUUGUUAAAGAUAAAAGAUUUGCAAAUUGGUUGCGUGAUGCUCGAGAUUGGGCAGUCAGCCGUAAUAGGUAUUGGGGUACACCAAUUCCUCUAUGGGCAUCUGAAGACCUUUCCGAGGUUGUAUGUAUAGGCAGUAUUGCCGAGUUGGAGAAGUUGUCUGGAGAGAAAGUUACCGACCUUCACCGUGAUAACAUUGACCACAUAACCAUCCCGUCGGCCAAGCCAGGAAAUCCACCAUUAAAACGUAUCUCGGAAGUGUUUGAUUGCUGGUUUGAAUCUGGUUCCAUGCCUUAUGCUCAGGUCCACUAUCCAUUUGAGAACAAACGAGAAUUUGAAGAUUGUUUUCCUGCUGAUUUUAUUGCUGAGGGCAUCGACCAAACACGUGGCUGGUUCUACACACUCUUGGUAGUUUCGACAGCCCUCUUUGGAAAACCUCCGUUUAAGAAUCUGAUUGCAAAUGGACUGGUGCUGGCAGAAGAUGGUCAGAAAAUGAGCAAACGUAAACAGAAUUAUCCAGAUCCAAUGGGAGUAGUUAAAAAAUAUGGUGCUGAUGCUUUAAGGCUUUACCUUACAAACAGUCCAGCGGUUCGUGGUGAAAAUCUACGCUUUAAGGAAACCGAUGUAUUUAAUCUGCUAAAGGAAGUAUUCAUCCCAUGGCUCAAUGCUUACCGUUUCUUUGUGCAGCAAGUUGAACGAUACGAGAAAGAUGAAGGUGAAGAAUUUGAGUUCGAGGAAAGUGUAAUUGGUAAAUCCCACAACGUCAUGGACAGGUGGAUCCUGUCGUUCACUCAGUCACUCCUCCGCUUUGUGCACCAGGAGAUGAGUGCAUACCGUCUCUACACUGUGACUCCAAGGCUUGUCAAAUUUGUUGAUAAUCUGACGAAUUGGUAUGUGAGAUUCAACCGCAAGAGGCUGAAGGGAGAGACUGGUAAAGAAGAUUGUUUGAAGGCAUUGGAGACCCUGUACUUUGUGUUGUUUUGCAUGGUGCGAGUCAUGGCUCCCUUCACACCUUUCAUCACAGAAACCAUGUACCAAAACCUGAAAAGAGUUCUCAAGCCUGGUGCCCUGGGAAAGGGUGACACAAAUUCGGUCCACUACUUGAUGGUUCCGCAGCCAAUAGAGAAGAUGAUUUGUUCGGAGAUCGAAGCAUGCGUAAAUAUACUACAGAGUGUUGUGGAACUAGGCCGUUAUCUUAGAGACAAGGUCAACAUCCCGGUGAAGUAUCCAUUGCCAGAGGUGGUAGUCAUCCACAAAGAUAAAGCCAUUCUUGAUGAUGUUCUAAGACUGGAAAACUACAUAAAGGAAGAGUUAAAUGUAAAGAGUGUAACUACAUCCACAGAUAAGGAGAAGUAUGGAGUGGCAUUGAGAGCAGAUAUGAAUUUCAAAGUGUUGGGGGCAAGACUGAAAGGAGAUGUGAAAAUGGUCCAGCAAAAAGUUGCUGAACUUACUGAUGAAGAGAUUCAGCAUAUGCUCAAUUCUGGUUCAAUUACUAUUUUAGGACAUACUAUUGAUGCUUGUGACUUGAAUGUUAAAUACAGCUUCAGUGGUGAGAGAGCAGCUGAAUUGGCAUCCAGAUACGAGGCUCAUUCAGAUGACACUGCCUUAAUUCUUUUGGAUAUUACGCCAUCACAGGAAAUGCUAGAUGAGGGAUUGGCACGCGAGGUUGUAAACAGAGUGCAGAAACUAAGAAAGAAAGCAAAGUUAGUUCCAACAGAUGAAGUAACAGUAUGGUAUCAUGUGGAUGAGAAAGAUAGUGAUUUGGCACCAAUUGUUACGAAGUACUCUGAAUACAUAGAGAACUCUACGAGGACACCAUUUAAGCCAAUCUCGGAGAAAGAUAAUUCAGCUGUGCUUAUUGAAGAAGUAGCCAAGGUUAAAGAUAGUCCUCUCAAACUAGUAAUUACUCAAGGAUUUUGCUCUGGGUGGUCCACCAAUACAAACACUGAGGAGGUCACUGCUCCAGGUGGUGUAAGUUGCCCAUGGGUCAAUAUCAUUCUUGAUGGUACUCCAAGGUAUGGCACUAAUAGCUGUAGUGCCACAUUAUUAUUAGAGAAUCCUGUUGGAAAGCCAGUAAUUAGUUCAUGUCAGCAAAUGCUUGAAGAAGCACAUGGAAUCUUUGGAUUUCCCCUUCAGCAUGCCAAGUUACAUGUAGAAAGAAAGCCAGUCGACAGCAAAGCACCAAUUGCUUCCCUUUCUGGAAGAACAGUUGUCAUCACCUAUGAAAAAAACAAAGUUCCAGUUGCAACAUCUGCAAUUAAGCCAUAUAGCAGGUUUGUCAAUGUUGAAGGUUGUGGCAAGAAGGGCUGUGUGGUGUUAGAGAAUCCCUGUGGCGAUGGCAUCAUGUCGACGCUGACUUUCACAAGUGUUGUGCAGAAGAUCUUGGGUUUGACUUCCAAGCCUGCCAUCUUCACUGAUGCAGAGAAGCAGCAUCCACUCUACCUUAAUGGGAAUAGCUUAGCUAAGCUCAGUGGAUGCAGUGUGCAUGUCUGAGUGAUGUUUGGGAGAAUUUGCAAGUUAGAUUGAUGCUCAUCUCCUAGUGUUAUUUCCUAAUUUCAUAGGGUGGGAGGAGGUCAAAUGUUAAAAAAUUUACAAAAUAUAGGAAUGUGGUAUGAAAAUGUUCUGUCACAAAGCUGUCAUGAUGGUACUGCUGUUUAUGGUGUCAACUCAAGAGGAACUUGUGCUGUAUUAUAGCAUGUAAGGUUUUCCAGGAAUACUUGGCUUCACAUUUUAAAGUAUAGUACUCUACUUUUUGUGAAACGUAGAUGUAUUAAUACAGUAUAUAAUAUAUUGACAAAUUCAAUUUGUAAGAUAAAUACAAAAUAGGUAAAUAAUAGCUGUCUCUUUAGUUAUGUGGGGGCUUGAAUAAAUGUAUCGUGUCACAGUCUCUCUGAACGUAGUCCCUUAACGGGCAUUUCAUCACUAAUUUCCAUUGUUUUUAGUGCACUUGGAAGAAUGCAGCCAUUACUUUGGCAAAGCUAAGUCAGAUCACAUUUGUAGAAAGAGCCUCCUGUAGGCCCUCUCUCUUCUCUUUUAUUAGUAGAUUUUUCUCUAUUAAUUAAGCUUCUUGCAAUUUUUUUCUUAUAUCCUUUUUCCGAUUCUUCCUUUUCCUUCACAUACUUCUAGCCUUUAUUUUACCUUUUACUUUAUUCUUACCUUCUCUUUCAUCUUAUUCUUAUCUUCAUCUUUCUUUUUUAUUCAUCUCUUUCAUUUCACUCUCUUCCCUCAUACUGUUCAUUACUUCCACUCUUUCUAAUACACGACUUGAUAAUAGUCCAAGACCGAAUCAUUGUCAUUUCUUAAUUUUCUUGUGUGUCGUUUAGAUAUUAUAUCUUCAGCCACGUUAUUGUGACUCGUCUUCAAAGACAUUCAUGGUGCACUGCUUGGAAUAUGUCAUCUGCCAAAGGAAUGGUUGCAUUCUUACUACCUACAACACGGCACUAGUGAGAUGUGAUUUAGUUUGACUGUCCCAUCAUACAGGAAAUUGUUAGGGUAAUACUUUUUUCUUCUGCAACUUACAUUGCAUAUAUAUGAAUAUAUUUAAUUAAAUAUCCAAUAAUUUUUUAUAUCAUGAUUGAGGUACCAAUGUUCCAUAUUUUUUUCAGUGGCAUGAGUUGUCAUCCCUUAAUACUUAAGCCACUGUACAUUAUCUAAUAUUUAGAUACCAGUACUUAUUGUUCUUGAAUGCUAGGAGCAUUUUCAAAGUAUAAUCUUUUGUGAUUUAAGUGUUAAAUUAUAGAAUAUUUACUCUGUAUUAUGUUGUAAUAAAUAGCAGAGGGAAGGUGUAUUUGACUGGAAUGAUUAAUAUACUGGCUGGUUUUAUCAUGGCCAUGGAAUAUAAAA